CCAACAGACCAAAAAGUCGCAGCUUACAUCUCAUAGUGACACAAUUACCCAAACAAUCCCUGUAGAAAAAUAUGAGGAACCUACACGUGUUAUCAAAGACUUAGAGACACCGGCUUCUUGAAUUUUAUCGAUGACAAUUUAAAAACUAUCCUACGGCGCGACAUUAAAACUAAAUCAAAAUUUUUUGUUUGAGAGGAUUUCUUCUACUACGUCAAGAUUGAUCUCCUAAUGGAACAGUCGACGUUUGGCGAGGUGAACCAGCUCGGAGGCGUUUUCGUCAAUGGUCGCCCUCUGCCAAACGCAAUCCGCCUCCGUAUUGUCGAGCUGGCCCAACUGGGAGUAAGACCAUGUGACAUUUCCCGCCAACUGAGAGUUUCUCAUGGAUGUGUGAGUAAAAUUUUAGCCAGAUAUAACGAAACAGGUUCAAUUUUACCUGGUGCCAUAGGUGGCAGUAAGCCACGGGUAACUACCCCUAAUGUCGUCAAACAUAUUAAGAUGUACAAAGAGAGGGACCCAGGAAUAUUUGCGUGGGAGAUUCGGGACAAACUUUUGGCAGAUGGCGUGUGUGAUAAAUAUAACGUUCCAUCUGUGAGUUCCAUAAGUCGAAUUUUACGUAACAAAAUUGGAGGUAAUCCCACACCGACACCCAUCAGUCAAGGAUACGAUAAUAAAACCCCAAUAAUGCCUUCACCAACUGCGCCUGCGCCGAUUUACAAUCAUCAGUUUUAUCCGUAUUCUUGUUCAACACCCUCUAUGCCACCCGUACAUUCUCCACAAAUGCCUGUAUCUCAACCACUUGCUCAACUGAAUCCAAACAAACCACCCCAGUCGGCUUCGAACUGUGUGACACCGUGUAUGAUGAGGGCUUGGGCUACCUCGUCACAUUCCGUUAACGAUAUUUUGGGAUUCCGUCCCCCUCCUAUGCACCAGACAAUGCCGCCACAUCAGCACCUUCCCCAGGAAAACAUGGGAAACAUUGGUCAGAACUAUAACAUGAAUUACUAUGCCAUGAAACCAACCACCAUGGCUCCGAUGUACUUGCAGAGUUGACCAACGAAUUAAUUUUGCUCGAACUAAUAAUUAUUAUUUUUUAAAUCUGCUAUCAGUGCCAAAUAUGGAAAUGGUCUUCAGGUACGGUAU